UAAUUGACGUUCAGUAUGCACAUAUCAGGCGUGUCUUCUGACAGCAUGGAUUCGAAAUUCAGCUCGCAGACUUGUCACCAUGCUGCUAGAUGCGAUGAAAAAGAAAAAGAAGAUGAAUACUUGGGCGAAGACUUCUUGCCUUCAAAGCUGGGAACAAAAGAGUAUUGGGAUGAUGCCUAUCAAAGAGAAUUGCAAGCAUUCGAAGACAUAGGGGAUGUCGGGGAGAUAUGGUUUGGAGAGGAGAGCAUGGGACGUGUAGUCAGGUGGCUGGACAAAAUGAAAAUCCCAAGAAAUGCCGCUAUUCUUGAUAUUGGAACUGGAAACGGCGUCUUCCUUGUUGAACUGGCUAAGCACGGAUUUACAAAUCUCACAGGGAUAGACUAUUCAACUUCAGCUGUGAAGCUGUCACACAACAUACUGGAGAAGGAAGGCUUAUCUAACGUAAAAGUUAAGGAAAUAGACUUCCUUAGUUUCUCUGAGGAGUUGGGUAGUUUUGACGUGAGUAUAGACAAGGGCACAUUCGAUGCCAUAACUCUUAGCGUCGAUGCUAAGGAUGAUGGGAAAGAGCGCUACGUUAAAGCUCUUCUGGGAGUGCUCAGGAUGGGCGGAUUCUUUGUCAUCACUUCCUGUAACUGGACUAAAGAGCAGCUGCUGGAUAUAUUCAGCAAUGGGUUCAAGUUCCUGCAUGAGCUACCCACACCUGGCUUUCAGUUUGGUGGCAGAACUGGAAAUAGUGUCACUGUCUUGGUUCUUGAACGAAUAUGAGUUCUGAUGUCACACCAAACAGGACUGCGUGACAAGUUUUCCCCUGCUCUGUUAGAUUGUCAACAAAACAUGUUUGAGUUCAGUUUACGACUUAAGGAUUUAUUUUGGUUGAACAUCCUGAAGAGUAACUUUCAUUUUGACCCAGGUUUGUGAAAUUGAUAGGCCAUUACAUGCUGUCAGUUUUAAACUAUGUAUAGAUAUAUUGAUGUAGUCAUUAAAAAUAUCCUACCUCAUCCAUUCUCUCUUGUAUAAAUAUGCCAACUUAAGGUUGUUUUUUGAAUGGCCUAGAAUGCCCCGGAUUAUUGCUUUCUUUAACCUUAUAUUCACUAAGAAAGGUUUCCAUAUUCAAUCACUUCUGCACUUUCUCUCAUUAGCAUAAGGAUAUAAUUUUCAAUUUUGGUGUGGUUGAUAUAGUUUGAUAUAAUUCAUUUUGAUGUCUUUGGGAAUAGAACAGUAGGUGGGGUUGUUCACGAACCUGCAAUGUUUCAUUUUUUGUGGCCGUGCUUUACCUUGUCCUUUUUGUGUACUGUCAUCUGUUAAUAGAAUGAGGACUUAACUCAAACAACAUUACUUUAUUCUUAGGUAGGCCCAUUAUGUAAAAAGCUUAAAAAUCUGUACGUAAUUACUUGGGAGGUUAAUUAUUACGCUGCCAAUGAAGAAACCAGUAAUCACGUAUCUUACGAUAAAUAUUACUGUGUUAUCUGUGCUUUUUUUCUACGAAUUCAAAAAUUUUACUCUGGCUAAUGAGGCUGCAUGUUUUUAAGAUUUUCCACAAUAUUUUUGUAAAGGCUAUACGUACAUUCCCGUAUGUUUAUCAAACUUCAUAUUAGUUGUACAAAAACUAGUUAAUUAGCAAUAGAUCAAAAAUCUAUCUGGGUUAUUGUUUUAAAAAGCAGGUGCUAAAUUUAUUGUAUAUUCUUUUUUAAGUAUAUAUCAAAAAUGUUUUAAUUACUGUAGUGUGAAACAUAAAAAUGUAUGGAGGUUGCAUCACCUCUGUUUGGGCUCCAAAUCCAUGAAUACUGUACAGUGUUAGAUUACGAAGAAAAAUAAAAUAUCAGUGUUUUUC